AUGUCGUCGGAAUCAUCAAACAAAGAUACUGCUUCAGAUGGAACAACAUAUGGUGAUACAACUGGCAAAGGUGGUUCUGCUCAACAUGGUGGAUCAGGUGGUGCUGGUGCACCAAAUAUUACUGGUACACAUGGAGCCCCAACAGGAGGUGGAACGGCAACAACACAUCCUGAAGACAAUCAUGAUCAUGGUGAACAUUCUGAAAAGAGUGGUGACGAAAAGCAUUAA